CUCCCCAGCCCUCCCUUCCCACGCCCCAGUGCGCUGUGGGAUAGUGGCUCUAUAAAGUAUACCCUCUCUCGGAGCACGAAAAGAAGCCCGAGACAGGAGGGGGAUGAAGAUGGCGGACGCCAAGCAGAAAAGGAAUGAGCAGUUAAAGCGCUGGCUGGGCUCGGAGACGGACCAGGAGCCGCCUGUCCUGAAGAAGAAGAAGACGAAGGUGAAGUUCGAUGAUGGCGCCGUGUUUCUGGCCGCCUGCUCGAGCGGCGAUACGGAGGAGGUGCUCCGUCUGCUUGACCGGGGCGCUGACAUCAACUACGCCAAUGUGGACGGUCUCACCGCGCUCCACCAGGCUUGCAUAGACGACAACAUCGACAUGGUGACGUUCCUGGUGGAGCACGGCGCCAGCGUCAACCAGCCCGACAACGAGGGCUGGAUCCCCCUCCACGCCGCGGCUUCUUGUGGAUACCUAGACAUAGCAGAGUACCUGAUUGGCCAGGGUGCCAACGUUGGAGUCGUGAACAGUGAGGGGGAGACGCCUCUGGACAUCGCUGAAGAGGAGCCAAUGGAGGAACUUCUUCAGAAUGAGAUUAACCGACAAGGGUUGGACAUUGAGGCGGCCCGAAAAGAGGAGGAGCGGAUCAUGCUGAGGGACGCCCGGCAGUGGCUAAACAGCGGCCAGAUUCAAGACACCCGGCACGCCAAAUCAGGAGGAACGGCGCUCCACGUGGCCGCCGCUAAAGGAUACGUGGAGGUUUUAAAGCUUUUAAUCCAAGCAGGUUAUGACGUAAAUAUCAAGGACUACGACGGCUGGACGCCGCUACACGCCGCGGCGCACUGGGGCAAAGAGGAGGCGUGUAGGAUACUCGUGGAGAAUCUUUGCGACAUGGAGCUUAUUAAUAAAAUGGGCCAGACGGCGUUUGACGUGGCGGAUGAAGACGUGCUGGGAUACCUAGAAGAGCUCCAGAAGAAACAAAACCUGCUGAUGAGUGAGAAGAAGGAUGUGAAGAAGUCUCCUCUGAUUGAAACGACCACUACAGGAGACAACAACCAGUCACUGAAGCCACUCAAGAGCAAAGAAACGCUGCUUCUGGAGCCAGAGAAGACGGCGCCGCGCAUCGAGAACCUGGAGCCAGAGAAGGUGGACGAAGAGGAGGAGGGGAAGAAGGACGAAUCCAGCUGCUCGAGCGAAGAGGAGGACGAAGAAGAUUCAGAGUCUGAGAAUGAAGCAGACAAGAGCAAGCCUCCAGCAGCGGUGACCAGUAGCACAACCACCACCCCGGCCACCGUCAGCGUGUCGUCGCCAACUAGUCCCACAAACCAGGUGACGACGCCCACUUCACCGGUUAAGAAGUUUGAUUACAUUACACCUCUCAUGCCUCUGGCGGAGCCAGGCUGUCCUGCAUUGUGGCGUCAAGGUUUGCGCAAAACUGGCAUUUCUCUUUUGCCAAAAAAACCCAUGGUCGCUCAGCCUGCCGCAAAGAUCUCAACCCGAGUGGAGGAGGAGAGGAAGGACGAGUCUCCGGCGUCGUGGCGUCUGGGUUUGAGGAAGACGGGCAGCUACGGGGCGCUCUCUGAGAUCACCGCCACAAAGGAAGCUCAGAGGGAGAAGGACACUACAGGCGUGAUGCGCUCCGCCUCAAGCCCGCGCCUCUCCUCGUCCCUGGACAACAAGGAAAAGGAAAAGGAGAAGGACAAAGGAACCCGGCUGGCGUACGUGGCCCCGACCAUCCCCAGAAGACUGGCCAGCACUUCAGACGUGGACGAGAAGGAGAACAGGGACUCCACAGCUCUGAUACGAAGCGGCUCGUACACUCGGCGACGGUGGGACGACGACCUGAAGAACAGCGAAGGAAGCUCCUCCACCAACAGGACCUCCAGCUACCAGCGCAGCACGUCGCACACGCUAGCGCUAGGGCGGAGCGGCAGCACGCGGGACGUGCCGGCCAAGUCUUCGUCAACCUCCAGCUUGGACCCUAACACCUGUAAUACUAAACCCUGGCAGCCACCCUCCUCCCACUACCCGUCUUACAGCAUUUACCGCAGCAGCUCCUUCGGCAGGAGACACGAGGAUCUGAGCGCCUCCACCUCCACCACCUCCUCCACAACAACCACCACCACCUCCUCGUCUGUUACCUCGCCCACAGGCCACCGCAGCCUCCUCUCCAGCCUGGGUUCCGCUUCCACCCGAACUGGCUCCACCAGUCUCACCAGCAGGUACUGGUCAGAGGAGAGUGCAGAGAGGGAAAAGGAGAAGGAAAAGGACUCGGCUGCUGUUAUCCCCACUAUAAACACUGGCUCUACCACAACCGCCACGUCCGCCGCCACCACCACCACCACCACGGCCAUAUCCACCACUACCACCGGCAUAGGCACCGGCCCAGAACGACGCAGGUCGUACCUGACACCGGUGCGAGACGAGGAGUCGGAGUCUCAGAGGAAAGCUCGAUCCAGACAGGCCCGGCAGUCGAGGCGCUCCACGCAGGGUGUGACUCUGACUGACCUGCAGGAGGCAGAGAAAACAAUCGGCAGGAGUCGCCCCCAGAAGACCCGCGAGGAGGAGAAGGAGGAGAAGGAGAAGCAGGACAAGGAGAAGCAGCAGGAGGAGAAGAAGGAGGCGGAGACGAAGGAGGAUGAUUACCUAUCCAAGUACCGGAGCUUCGAGGAGCGUUAUCGGCCUUCAUCGUCGUCCUCCACCUCUGCCGCCUCCACCGUCUCCACCGCCUCCACCACUUCAUACUCGGGCUCCUCGCUGACCUCCAGCUCCCUCAACCGGCCCAACAGCCUGACGGGAAUCACCUCAUCUUACAGCCGAUCCUCUCGAGAUCCAGAAAAAGAGUCGGACAAAAAGGACGAGGAAAAGGAAGGCGAGGACAAGUCUCAGCCCCGCUCCAUACGGGAUCGCAGGCGGCCCCGCGAGAAGAGGCGCUCCACUGGGGUGUCCUUCUGGACUCAAGAUGGUGACGGAAAUGAUCCGGAGCAGCAGUCGGACUCAGAGGAGGGCAGCACCAGAGGAGACUCACAGAGCGACAGGUUGUCCAGAAAUGAGAGCACUUCAUCUAUAGAUCGCACCGAUGUUUCUUUUAGCCGUAGUUAUGAGGGCCGAAGGCCGUACUCAAGGCGGCUGGAUAGAGAAGACGCCACCGACUACAAAAAGCUCUACGAGCAGAUCUUAGCCGAGAACGAGAAGCUGAAGGCCCAGUUACGCGACACUGACCUGGAAAUGGCCGACUUGAAGUUACAGUUAGAGAAAGCCACGCAGAGGCAGGAGAGAUACACUGACCGGUCCCAGCUUGAGAUGGAGAAAAGGGUAACAAGCAGGCCCCCUUACCAACUGGCCGGUGGAAAGAAGAGCUCUAGAAAGGAAGAUUUCUGAGAUGGAGGAGGAACUUAAGAUGCUCCCAGACUUGAAAGCAGACAACCAGAGACUAAAGGACGAGAACGGAGCCCUCAUUCGAGUCAUUAGCAAGCUUUCCAAGUAGAACCCCCCCGCCCUGCCUCGCCCCGCCUGUCCUGUCUUUUGCACCCGCUAGUCCCCCAUGGCAGCGACUAAUGGAAUUGCACAUUUAGAUAUUAAUUGCAACAGACAUCAGAGACGAGACUCCUCCUAGCUUUUCGUUUUGUUUCUCCAAGCUCUCCCUUUUUGCUCCUCCUCCACCAUCACCACUGCUGCAGCCUCCAUCCCUCCCUCCAUCCAUCCAUCCAUCCUCCUCGGCUGUAGACCUCUCGAUCGGUGCGGCUGCUGUUCCGAUAGAAGCGCUGAGUUUACAGAGCAAAAAGGAGAGAGGUUUGUGCGAGAGCGACUUUUCGGGCGGGGAAGCCUGAAAACUAUUUAACCAAUAAGCCUUAGUUGUACAUAAAAAGAAAAAAAACACUUGCAUCGAUCUCCUCUCUCGGCUAUCACUGAAGAACAGAUAUUACCCUUCACCUGAUUUUAUUUGUGCCACAGUCUCUCCUAUUAGACUCUUUCCCUCUAUACGUGUUGUGUGCUGUGCUGUUCCCUCCUUCACUCCCUCCCUCCAUCCCCCCCCUCCUUUUUUUAAAGUGCUACUUCUGCCUGAUAUCUGCUCCCUGCGGCUACCGCCAGCCUAAUUUAUCCUGACCGUUAUCCGCUCCCCCCCCCCCCCCCCUCCCACCGGCAGACCACCACCACACAUCGUCCUCUUCCUCCUUCCCCUCGUCUUCGUACAUCUGUGCGUCUUCCUUCCAAGAGGGAAAACAAUUUGAGUUCUCGCGGAUCUGGUGGAGUUUAAGCUUUCACUGUAUGUGCAAUAUGCAUUUCUUUCUUUCUUUUUAAAAAAAAAAAAUGCUUUAAUGAGUUUCAUCACAAGUAGGAUUUUCACUCCUGGCGCUUCAAUCGCUCACUUUCUUUCUUCUCCUCCAUUUUUUUUUUUCUUUUUAUUUGAAGUUUGUAGUCUGUUUAUACUCUGUAUUUCUCACUUUGUUUUAGCAGGUACUGAGUGAUUCUGUAUAUACCUGUACGUAUUUUGUUUGAGAGCAGCACAUGGCAUGCGUUUAUGGAUCCUGUCUGUUACUAUUAAAAAUAUACAAAUUCCAGAGGACAAAGACGUGUGUUUUUAAUUAUUUUUCCUUUUCUAGUUUAAGGACAUUGGACACAGUGGAGCGUCUCUGUUACACAGGACUGCUUCUUUUUUUUUUUUUUUUUUUUUGGUUCACCUAAUAGUGAAAUCUAGAGUAAUUGCUUCACUACAUUUCACUUUCGUUGUAUUCAGUAUCCUGGACGAGUGCUGUUAGUUUUGUUUCCCAUUCUUUAAAAAAAAAUAAAUAAAUAAAUAAAAAGCUGUAGUAUUAUAGGCAAGAUAUUGUCACAAAAUAAAAUGUUUUAAGAAAAAUAAAAGGAUAUCUUAGAUAUUGCUAACCCGGUCCUUUCUCCAAUGUCUACAUGCACUGUCGAUGCCAUGUGAGGGGUCUUAUGGGGUUGGAGCGAAACGCCACCAUCAGCUGUUCCGUUCAAUAUUUUAUGCAUUUCAGUGGCCUUUUUAAGGAAGUUUUACUACAAUAAGUUUAAAAAAAAAAAGAUCACUGCAGAUGGACUGGCGGACGUCUGCUCUGGUUUAGGCUUUUUUUUUUUUUUUUCCUUUUGUUUUUCCUGUCAUCUUGUAAAAUAGGUGUGUGGCUUAAUACAUGCAAGCUGUGCUGUGACUACCAACCACUGAAGAGUUCAUUAAAAAUAAACUUGUACAUUGUAAAGUC